CGUCGAGCGCUUUGGCGCUUCGACUAUCGUAAUUGUGAUGGCCUUCAAUCGCGGCGUGAACGGUGGAUUGUGCAAAUGGGACAAAGCGGGGAGGACGAGCGGUUUCGGGCGUCGCACGUGGCCGGCGAGCCGUGUUACCUUGUCCAGUCGCCCGACAUCAUUCUCUGUUUGCCCUUCGUCUUUUGCUCUCACUUCAGGCAAGCUAAUUAUCGAAGCAGCCUAGACGCGAUCCGAGGCGAUUGCGAGCGAAGACACGGGCACUCGACAGUUCUCAGCGGCGACGGAAACUGGAGGCGCGAUUUUCAGUCGGAGUGAAGACCAGCGUUGCGAAACAGAACCAGAUUGCUUGUCCGUCAUGAGCACCGACCACGAGAAGAGUCCUGAGCCUGAACCUCAGCCACCGCCGCCACCCGCCAUUCCGGCAGGUUAUCCCACUCAUUUUGGAGGCACCUAUCCUCCUCCACCCCCAGGUUACCCUCAACCCCUCUACUAUCCUCCUCCUCCCGAUGGUGCCGACGCCAACUCCCCCAAUGCCCUCCCUCCCGGCGCUUACAUGAUGCCCUACCCCCCUUUCGUCUAUGCAUAUCCACCUCCCCAACCGGCACCAGGAUACGCGCCUGGGUUUGCCCCUCAAGCGCCCCAGCCAGCCUCAGCCCGCCCUAAGCGCAGGCAAGUAAAGAUGGCCUGUACAAACUGCGCAGCUGCCUGCAAACGGUGCGACGAGAAGAGGCCGUGUGAACGCUGCAUCAAGUAUGGAAUCGCGGACGGUUGCGUCGACGGCAUGCGCAAAGAGCGCAAGAAGGGAAUCAAGCGUGGGCCAUACAAGCGUAAAAAUAAACAGGCCGAGGGAGAUACGUUCCAAGGAUCGCCUGCAGGCGCUGAUGGUCAAUGGGUCCCUCCCGAAGGUGCAAACGGCGUUGUUCCCGCUGCUACAACGCCGGGUGGCGUGCACUUCAUACCACCCCCGCCCGAGGGGUAUUAUCCGUAUUAUUAUCCACCGAUGGGCUACGGACCGCCCCCGCCUCAAGCUCACGAACCUCAUGCCAACGGUGAGGCACCUUCCACCAAUGGUCACGUUGCUCCAAAUCCCCAGCAUGCCGCGUAUUACCCUCUCCAUCAUCCGUACUCUGCUUUGCCGGUCUAUCCUCCGCCUCCCGGUGGUUACUUGCCUUUCCCAGGUGCAUACGCCCCCGGUCAACAGCCUCCUGUGGCAACUGCCGCUCCUUCUGCCACAAAUUCCAGUGCCACUACUGGUGCGGAUGGAGUAAAUGGAGGUAACAGUACGGUUUCCGGAUCAGACGAAAGUGAGGUUGCCUCAUCUCCGGAGUUGACGAAGAAGAAGGCGAGUAAGAAGAAGAGGCGUCAUGAGGAGACUACGGCCGCCGAGACGAAUGGGAGUGAAACGACGGGGUCGCCCAAGACCCAGAAGAAGACCAAGCGUGUGGUGGCGCCGCCGGCUCAGAGCGUCCCUCAGCAGCCUCCGCCGCCCAUCACGGCUCUCGCUGAGGACGUAACGGGGCCCUCCGUCGUCGACCCCGGUGACGGAAGCCCUGUGGCGAGGUCCGCCGCGCCUGUGUCUAAUGGCGUCCAACCACCCGUCAUCGCCGCUGUCUGAAGCCGUACUUUCACAGGCAAGGCAUCCUGCACGCGUGGACGACAUACUUCGUAGCUGGACUUUAUUUGCCGCGCCAUAAUCUCUCUCUUCUGACUUGUCGAUUUCGCCUCCCAUUCUAUCUGCUAUCGUGUUGUCUAUCUAUCAUGUCUCCUUCCCAUCACUACUCCUGUCUACAAUUCUCGCAUUGGCCGCACUGCCGGGGAAUCACAUCACUCGACCGUCUUUCUACUUUCCCUCGUUCCAUCCGGCUCUGCCUGGUCACAGUGGCCUUUCACAGUCCGGAAGUUACACCACCGAUCCUUGUCACUCGGGCCCCCGGUGGUAUCGGAAUGGGGAAGCAGAACCUCCCCGUCAUUGCCGACAUCUCCACUCUAUUUUCGUCCUUAUCCGCUGUCUCCGUGUCUCAAGCUCGAAAUGAACUCUCUUUAUCCGUUCUCCACAUUCGUCGCCCUCGUCGACGAUCGAGAUCGUCACCUGUCGUUUUUAGACCACUACAGGGGUGAUGACGCUUGUGCUGGUCUAAAAUGUUGUCCGGUGCUGUAUGUUGGUCGCCUUUCUCUAUAUUUUUCCUUCAGCCCUGUACAUAUUUUUGAACACUUUGACUCGUUUUGCUUACUCGUUUUCCUUGUGCCACGGUACGGUACCGAUUAUUAUUCGUUUGGUGUCGUGAGUUGUUCUACUCCCUUAUAUGUGGUACAGUCCAAUUCUUCGCACCCUCCGUUCUAUAUGAGCUCGCGUUUUUUUUCCUCCUGUUUUGAUAAUUCAUUUUUUCGCCUUUUCGUCUUCCUUUUCUUCUUUCUCGAUCUCGUUGAACCAAUUCGUCGGAUGUAAGUGAUUGCUGUACCAAGCAUUCGUGUCUGUGUAAAUACAUACACACCCUCGAAGUGCUCCCCUCCUUCUCUCUUGCCCUGCCCUCUUCCUCUUCCUCGACCCAUCACACUCCGACACUCCCCACCAGAGUUCCCGUCUGGAUUUCUCGCUGUUUUUCGUGCCUCGUCUAUCUGAUAGUUGCUGUCAAUUCUCUGGUGUUCGAGCUGUUGUAGUUGUUGGACGUGUCCUCGUUGACGUUGCAGUGGAGUAUGACUGGAUUGUGGUGAUAUGUAGUGUGUAGAUAGAUUGCCGAGGAUGUAAGUCAUGACCUAA